CCUUGAGUAGAGAGAAAAGGGGGCUCGUCCCCGUGGCAAACAAAAUGGCGACUGGGUAUUACGCUAGCACUCUGUAGUAGCAGGUGAAUACUUAGUGCAAAUAAAGAGCAGAACGUGCUGACUCAAUCGUUCAGCAUUGCAACCGUGAUUUCAUCUUUAUUUGUGCUGGCACAUCGUGAGCGAGGAUCUUUGUUUUGUUUUAAGUAGCGAGACACCUCUUUCCUGAGUUCUUGUUGGGAAGCUUAGUACUUCAACAGCAAAAGCAGAGGCAAGAUGCUCUCCACCGCGCAACCGCAGACCAAGCAGGCCGACCGGGCCUCGGCUUUCUGGAAGCGCCACCGUGCCGCGAUUGCGGAGGCCGGUGGUGGUGCUGGAGCGGAUAAUGAUUUCGCAGGCACAACUACUGCUAACCGGGGGAAGGCGGCUGCACUGAAGAAAGAACACGUCGACCACGAUCACGAAUUCGAAAAGCAGGAGGGGCUUGCGGGUCAAGAGGAAGAUCAGAAAUCUGUUCUGCAUGUCUGUCCGAACAAACCGAAAACGCAGCCGCAUUCUGCCCUGGACGUUUCGCCUGGCGAGUCGAUCGGGAGCUUCGUGCAGGAAUUGACCGAGACCCCGCCGUUCGAGCAGGACAUCCCCAAAUUCCUGAAGCCCUACCAGGAAGAAAAAAGCCGGAAAUUGUGGACGUUCAAGAACUUUUUCCGCCGAACCUCUGGGAAAAAGAUGUUGAAGACGAGGACUACUACAACCGGCGGAGGACCUGCAACAGCCUAUCCAGUGCAAAAAUAAAUCGUAUACUCGUACUAGUUAAUAUCGCAAGACGGCAUUAUGAUUAUACAACCCUUCAUCUCGACCACAAAUGUUCCCCCUAAGCCAAACCAGCAUUUUAUACAGAUUCCGUUUUGCGCGCUGUUGUCGCACAGUCUUUAUUUUUAUGCUGCGCAAUAAAUGUAUGAUUAGGAUUACCAUUACCUACACUAGAUGAGCGAUGCUUUUGCAAUGCAUACGACCGCAACUACGACCUGUUCGCCCCCGGGGUCGACGGGAGGAGCCGGAAAGGAGCACCAGGCUUCGUUAUCCUGUGUAAAAACGUCUACACGACCUUCCCAGAUUUUUCAUGCAAGCUCGCAUGCUCAGGAUGUUUGUGUUAAUGUUUCUCAUGCGGCUCUUUCUACUGCGAGUCAUCGUUCUGGCGUUUGUCAUGCUGGGUUCUAGAUACAUGGGCAAGUCCAAGUGCUGGCCGCUUUCUGAUGCGGCCAAGCUUGGCAAUCGCCACUGCACUGCAGAUCAGAAGUUUGAUGUCUAGCAGAAAUCGAAAUCCCCAUGAAGAUCUGGAUUACUGGGCCCCCGCCGCGGGGACGUUUUUACAGAGGAUAGUCGAGCGUCACGCCGACCACGGCGGCGGUCGACGAGGACAAAAGCAGCACCACCAGUGUUUCCGCGCCGCUCUCUGCGUCCGACGACCUGGACAAGACCUCUAAAAUGAACUCCUCGACCGGGGGAGCGACGCACAAGCUGGAGGAAUUGUUGCUGGCUUCGCCCGAGCAGCAGGAAAUUAACAGUCUAACUUCUUCCGGGGACAGUAAUGUGCUGAAAAUUAUGACCCUGAUGAGCAACACGCCGCUGCUGCAGAGCCCCGCUUUGGGGGGCGUCAGCAACAAUAUGACCUCUACCCAAGAGCAGCUGCAACACGAGGAUUCGUUGCCGCAGGUGCAGGAACAAAACGAAGCACCCUCGUCGAGCGACGGAGCAGGCCGGAUCUCCUUCCAACCCUGUUUCACGAAGAUCCAGCCGGACGCCAAUAGCCGCGGUGAAAACAGUCAAAAUUCCGAAAAUAACAACGAGCUGGUAGGCGAGGUGUGUCCUGCGGACGUGGCUUGGGAGUUGAACAACGCCUGCUUUCUACGCAGAAAAAAAGUCUUUUACAACAGAAAUUUAUUACACAUUGUGCUGUUCAUCUCGCAGGACAACAAGCAAGGCUGUCAUGCUCGAAAUGCUCGGCGGGUGGAGCCUCUUUUUUUCCUGGUUUGUUUCCUUUUGUAAUGAUCCCUCCCAUGGAAAUGGAUAUGGAACAAAAUUUUUGGUGGCGUGCAAUCGAAAUAAAGUCUGUUAAGUCGCUCCUGAAUAAGUAUCUGGUGCAUCAAAUGAAGUGUGUAUAGACAACUGUAAAAGACGAGCUUUUUAUUUCCUGGGAUACUUUCUGGAAAAGCAAAACAACUUUCGUCGUCUCGGGAAGAACUACGACAGCAUCAAAACCUCCAAAGUCUUUUCGGGAAAGAACAAAGUCAUGAACAACAAGAAGAACAAAUUUCAUCACGGGGCGACAUACGCCGCCCGCAAAACCACGUUGAAGCUCUCCGACUUUUGCCAGAUCAAGAAAGCGGAGAUUUUGAAUGUGCAAGUCACGCCGCGGCGGGACGCCGACCAGGAUGAAGUGGACGAUGAAGAUUUUGAUAUUGCCGACGGCGAUUUCUUAUGCAUUGCAAAAAUGUCUGGGUCUGGAAACUUGUGAUGCAAGUCCGUGAACAAUAAGUGCUCUGUAAUGCGCCGCCAAGCACGACAAGUUUUUUCGUGCUUCUGUGAUGCGUAUUUCGCAUGAGAAACUGCGCUUUUGCAUGACAGGCAAGAGGACCUCUUGGUGGCCGCGCAAUACAGAGUGCAGAGUCAUGCCAGACUAGCAUGACAAUCUUCCAGACCCAGACAUUUUUGCAUUUGAUAUUUCUACACGAUCCGCCACGAUUUGGUGGUCUGCGGGCACCGCAUGCGGCUAGUUCCGGACGAGAUCAGCGACGCCGUGUCUGCUACUACCUCGAGGGAGUUUAUCGGCGAGAGCAGCGAGAAAAAUGUCCGCACCAUGAAAAAUGCCCUGAUCCUGAACGUGAAGUCCCCGCCGGCGCUGCGCGGGGGGAGCAAUUGCAACUCCACCAGGAACAAGAUGACCGGCUGCCGCGUGGUCAAGAGUUGUGAUGCUGUUGGCGAUGGGGCGGAGUUGCUGGAAAAGAGACAAUCAAUCGAGGAGAUCUUCAGCAUGAAUGGGGAGAAGGACGACCACUCUGACAAGAAGCAGGGCAGCUGCAAAAGCGUUCUGAAGAUUUUCACCAACAACGAGCAGCGCCGUGUCUUAAACCUCCAAGUUGCUUGCAGGAACGCGGCGUCGUGCUGUCCGGGAAGUUACGAUCUCACCCCGCUGGAGCGGUUGUAUCCAGCAGAAAAAAACUACUGUUGAAGCACAUCGAUAUUCCAAGAACACAUCAACGUUGCACGCAGAAAAAUUAUGGAAAAGGCUUUAAGCAGCAUUCUAUGGGGAUAUGUAGAUUCCAUGACAGUUUUUUUUGCGGAUUUAGUAUUUUUGCUGUCUCCUUAACCUUGUUUGCUCCAAUGCCUGGAGAAGACGUGCUACUAAGUAGUUUUUUUCUUGUUUGAUAGAUGGGCGAACCGCGAACGGAAGAUGCAGGUAAUCGAGAAGAUUUACAAACAGCCGUUUUACUGUAACCCCGCCGGCGACCAGUGUAGCCACAACUACAUCAGCCACAACAAAACGAAGUCUAUCUCGGAGAAGGUGAAUCGCCGGGACACGCUGAUCGAUGCCUGUGACCCCUACGGGGUGCGACGGUGAGCGCGGGGCUUCUGCAGUUGGGUUCUUUACCAGAUUUGAAUCAGCACUCGCGAUUUGGAUUUUCUUUGAUUGCAGUUGAGAAGAAAUUGACUUUUGUGUCGUGGCGCUCUGUUGGACAAGUCUCGACGUGGUAAUUCCGUGCUGAACCUGCAAAUACUAUGCAAAAAGUUCAUUCAUCAAGUUACAAUACUAGUACUUGAAAAUAAAAUGGAUACACGAAGCCUAGUGGUCGUAUAGUUUUUCCCAGAUGUUGCUAUUGAGAAGUGGCGAAAAGCACUAUAGUGUUGUUAACCGCAAUGGAUGAGUUAGAGCUUUUUUUGACAAGAAGAUGAUGCUGAACUUUAAUUUUCGUACCCAAAAUUCAUGAUUAAUUUGAGCUUGAUUGACCUUGUGUGCGGGAUAUCGCAAGAAAAAACUGUUCUACUGUGAAUUUGUGAUGCAGAGCAUGGAACAGCGCAGUUUUUCUUUCGCUUGGUUGGGGGUUCUCAGCGGUGCAUAGUUUGUUUCGUUUGGGGGGCACGCAUGGAAAAUUCUCCUGUACAUGCGAAACAAACUUCAUUGGCAUGCGUAAUCUGUUAUAUGAGAUUCAAAUUUGUCUUUGUCAUGUGAGUCCUCCAAACGCAUCAGUCACAGUGGAACGCUUUAUUCGCGCAAUACAGGACACACACAUUGAUUUGAAUUUGCAGAGCUUGAUUUUAAAAAAAGUAGGGACUCGUGAUUAUUAUUACACGCAAAUAAGAUUUGAGUUGAUAUUGAUAACUUUGUCCUAGGUGGUCCUUUAGAAACGCUGCACAGACGGACAACCACAUCACGUUUCUACGAAGUUUUAUGUAUGAGUAGGAGGUGCUUUUUCUUGAAAGGUAUUUACGUUCCACUAAAGAAGGGGAGAGGUAUGAGGCUCCUCGAAAAAAUUACCCGAGGUACAAAAAGAUUGGGUUUGUGACCCGGGAGGUCGACAAUUUUCUUGAACUUGCGAACUGUUUUUUCGUUUUUGAUCAAACAGAACGAAAGCUGAUGAUCGAACAGAAUGAUAACAUGUACAGUCGGAAAAUAAUUACUUAUUCGUUU